UAUGUGUGUGUGUACACCACGUAUUUACUUAGAAUGUACGCGAGUGUAACGAGGCCACCUGUCGUGUCGAGUGUAUACAUACAUGUGCGUGGGCCGGAUAAAAAUACCUUCCGCUUCCGUAAUUAAACGAUUCCGUGCCAAACACGUGCGUCGCGAUCCGGACGCGUGCUGACAGUUCGACAGCUGGUUGGUCGACGCGUGAGGUUCGAACGUAAACAACAUUGUGUGAUCGAAUUGACGAGUGAGCGGAUAGUUUCGUACUUUGUGACGCAUUGGACCUCGCCUGGACACGAUGCGUUCGAGAAAAUGUCGGAAGCCAAGAUGAAUUCACUCCUAUUACGCGAUCUUGCCGCACAGGAGGGUGAGGGGGGUGCGUUAGGAGUAUGAAAAGUACAACUUUUGAGUCAGUUUCUCGGCACAACGGUUCCCCGCUCGCUCCGCGAGAUGGCACCACGGUGGUGUUUGGCGGGCGCCAGUUUCGCGUUGGCACCCGCCAGGCGUAUCGACCGAGCGGCGUUGCGUUUGGUCGAUAUGGACCGUCGACUGUCGGCGUAAGCGCGUAAACGCGAAAAACACGGGAACGAUGACGGAGUGGGUGCGCGCCGCAGCCACCUGAAGCAAAAAGUACUCGUUUUCGCGUGAUGGUGACUAAGCGACGUUCCUCGUCGGUGGGAGGCCAAGUGGAGUCCAAGAGUUAAACUGCGCGUCGAGGAGGAGGAGGAAGAGGAAGCGGAAGCAGACUGAGUUGAAGUAGAGUCGAAGUGAUUUCACGCUUCUCGAUAGAGGCAUCACGAGGGUGUCGUGCGAAAGGUCAACCCCGGCGGCUCGACCAUCGCGUGUGUGUGCGUGCGUGCGUGUGAUAUGCCGGCGCCCCACCCCCCGGUGUACAACAGCGCUGUUCACCCUUUGAAACUAACCCUCUGCCUCGCGCCCCUUGGGUGAAGUCGAGCACGCUGCCGUCAUCGUCGUCGUUGUUAUUGUUGUUGUGUUGUCGUCGUCGUUCGUGACUAUGUACAAGCAUUGACAGCGCAUCACGCCAGCAAGUAUGUACGCGCUGCAGAUGCAGACCGCCUGCCAAGGCGAAGGCACUGGCGAACCUGACGACCCCAGCAGCCUUCACCAGGAGCCAGCGCGACCCGCUACACAGGACUGCAGUUCCUUCGACAUCGUCAGAGCGACGCAGUAUGGAGCACUGGAUCGAGUGACGGAAUUGGUGGAGGCAGGCGCCGAUGUGAACCAGCCGGAUUCCGAGACCGUCACGUUGCUGCACUGGGCCGCGAUAAACAAUCGCAAGGACAUCGUUAAAUAUCUGAUUGCGAAGGGAGCCGUUGUCGAUGCGAUCGGCGGCGAGUUGGCUUCUACACCUUUGCAUUGGGCAACAAGACAGGGUCAUCUCUCCACGGUUGUGAUACUGAUGAGAGCUGGUGCUGAUCCUACUCUGAGGGAUUCGGAAGGUUUCUCAUGUAUACACCUCGCGGCCCAGUUCGGCCACACGGCCAUCGUGGCCUAUCUGGUGGCGAAAGGUGUGAACCCAAACAUGCCGGACAGAAGUGCCAUGACGCCGCUCAUGUGGAGCGCCUACAAAGUCAACAGUCUUUCUUUUUACAGUCUAGAUCCAACGCGACUGUUGUUGACUCUAGGUGCGUCGCACUCCCUCACCGACAACCUGCACGGUAACACGGCCCUGCACUGGGCCAUCAUAGCGAAGAACAACACGGCGAUAUCUAUCCUGGUGCAACACGGGGCGUCGUUGGACUUGCCCAAUUUCCAAAACGAGACGCCGAUGACGCUGUUGGGCCCGCACAUUGGCGCCGCAUGGCUCGGUCACAAAAUCAGCCAGGAGAUCAAAGAGAAGCAAGGUCGCACGAGAACAUGGUGUAGAGAUAAGAGAAUCCGUUGGUACUGCAUGGUCAGUGCACCAUUUAUAGCGUUUUAUGUGAUCGGUAUGGUACUACAGAGCGGAUGGGAUUACUUAAUAAAACUAGGUGCCUUCAUCACCCUUUACGUAGCGGUGUAUCUAAUGAACCAUUUCGUGUUCGACGAACGGCUGUUCCACAUUCUACCAAUGUCGAUUUAUUUGGCAACCAAGAUGUGGAUAUACGUCACGUGGAUAUUCUGGCUAGGAAUCCAUGCAGCUUGGUAUUUGUGGUUGUUAUUGAUUGGCGGAUCUCUUCCACUCUGGAUAUGUUUUUUGCAGUCUUGGCGAGGUGAUCCUGGGAUCAUUACGGCUACUCACGAGGACAAAUUAAAUACGAUUAUCGAGCUGGCCGAGUCGGGUGGUUUCGAGCCACAAUGGUUCUGCAGCAGUUGCUUGGUCAGGCGACCUAUGAGAUCUAAGCAUUGCUCCCAAUGCGACCGUUGCGUGGCGCGAUUCGAUCAUCAUUGUCCGUGGGUGAACAACUGCAUCGGUGCACAUAAUCACAAGUAUUUCCUUGGGUUUUUGGCAUCUUUGCUGGGGCUGUGUAUCGUUAUCUUGUCCGCUAGUGUACAGUAUUGGCAGUUCGAAUGUUGGUCGAACUUGACGAAUGAGCAUAAUAGCGCGGACAACUAUUUGGUAGCAGCAGCUACGUGCGACGCAUGGGUAAUGUGGGUGGCGGCUAACACGUCCCUCCACUCCUUUUGGGUCGGGACUUUAUUAGCAUGCCAAUGCUAUCAGAUUAUGGUCCUGGGCAUGACUACGAACGAACGUAUGAACGCCGGUCGGUACAAGCACUUCAAGCAAGGGAACCCAUUCCAUCGUGGUGCCCUGCAGAACGCCGCUGACUUUUGUAACUUCAGCUUCUGCGGCGUGAAGGCGAAACCGAGCUCGGACUGGCUGCACAGCUUUGAUCUCAAACAGAGCAUCGAGAAGUUACCUUUGCUCGCGCAGAAGGAUAACUUUCAGUACGUUUAAAGUUUUGUAAAGAAUAAACUAUCGUGGAUAUAUUACUUAUAUCGUCAGCCGUGAGAAGCUAAUGUACACAACGUAUACAACACACAUACACAUCCACACGCGCAAAAUACAGCAUAUCACUUAUGCCUGAAGUACUUUCUUGGGCCACCAAAGAGUCGCCGCGAAUAUAUAAGUGACUUCCCGUGUGCGUACAGCUGUAAUUAACGCAUAUACCAAGAUUUCGCUCUCGCAUACUCUUUAAGUAGCUCUUACUAUAACACAGAUCGCUAGAGGUAACGAUUUUUCAACUCGUACGUCUCGGAAGACUGUUGUACCUCGCGAAUGUGCAUAUCUCACCUGUGCUCUACCUUACCUUACAAAAAGAAAAAGAAAUAUCGACGAGCGACCGAACAAUUCGCACAAGUAAUUCGUUCGAAGGGCUUACUUCUGUAAAAUGUCUUGAAUCCAUUGAAAAGUAAAACAAGUGAAGGGUUAAUUAAAAAUUAACGAAUUGACGAUUAACCAACAAUGUCCGUACAGCAACAACAGUCUGCUAUGCGGUAUUCAACUGUGGAACAGCAACAAUUGAUUGUUCGACAACUACCAAAGAUGCAGCAACAAUAGCCGAUUGUACGACAACAGCGUCAGAUAUUCGGCAAAAAGCUAUAUCACAGCAACUAGAGUCGACUGCGAAGCAGCAACGACCGAUUGUGCGACGACGACGACAGCCGAUUAUGCAGCAUCAAUGGCCGAGCAUCAGACUGUUCCUAGCGUGUUACGGAACGGUCAUAAGCGACUUAUGAGUACUCGUGAACACAUACAAUCACAUUUUUCUCUUUCUAAAGACGGAUUGAAGACUGGAGGUAAGCUCUUCGAUUUCGUGAUAACUUUACAAAGUAAUAUAAUUUGUCGGAUCGAUUGUUUCGGUUGCGGAUAAUCCUUUUUAUAUGUCUAGUAUUAAGAUUUCUUUAAAACAAGUGAAAUGAAUUAGAAUAUCAUUAACGGAUAAUAACGCUUUGUCUCUUCAAGUUCCUGCUCUUCUUUUUUGCUCUUAUGUCAUCUUGACUAGUGACUAGAGACGAGAGGAUACAGUUCGAAAUUCUUGCAAGAUACGGUAAAACGAAAAGAUAUAUCCAUAACUGAGUUUCAGGUCGUUCCUCUUCUUCUGAAGAAGUGAAUUGGAAUGUUCCGAAACGUCGAGAACAGAUCCACGCUGAAGGCGGCACCAACCUGGAAGCCAAAUUAAGCAUGUAUCCAUAAAAUGGCACUUGCCAUCGAUCAAGUAGAUUUGUAAAAUUUUAUUAUUUUAUAAGCAUGUCUUUUCGCUUCGCCGUCUUUUGCAAGAAUUUUCACGGCUAUAUUUUCUUACUCCUGGCAUUGUUUCAUCAAGAUGAUUGCGGCGAGAAACAGCAACGGCAGAUUUAAUCGCGUGCUGUAAAUCAUUGUAACGAUGAUUUGUCUUCAUUCUCGAUCCUUCACUGGUCAUUCCAUGUUUGAUUUCAAUGUUACGAUCUAUAGAUAACAAUUUGACGAUACGUCGAAUUCAUUCAGGAAGCAAAUGCACUUAGAGCCUGAAAGUAUAUAUUAUUCAGCAAAUGAA